AUGCUGCGCGUAUCUCUACGUGAAGUAGAAGAGACCGCUUCCCGGUUGGCGCCUAAGAGGGAAAGCGAGGGCGAGGAUGCGCUGGAGGGAGGAUGCGAGACAGAUGAAGGAAAAGAAGUACAGCAGAGCGACAAAGGGGACGCAUCCGAAAGACCAGGCAGUAGAAGGGGAGAGAGUGAGCCAGACCGAAGUGUGUUUUUCGACCGUUCCGCUCUGCUGGGUGGCGACGCCGCGCGAGACCCCAAAAAGCUGAAGGAGCCCUUCGCGGCGGCAGACGAAGCGGAAGAUGUGCGUGAAGACCGUGAGGCCGCGGGAGGAGACAGACGGAAGCCAGGAGAAUGCGGUGCAGACGAAUGCCAAACAUAG